AUGGCCUCCGCAGCGCUGAUCGACUCGGACAUGGAGCCCACGCUCCAGCCAAUCCUCGACCAGAAGACGCUUCGCUGGAUAUUUGUUGGCGGCAAGGGUGGUGUAGGAAAGACAACAACAUCAUGCUCUCUCGCUAUACAGCUCGCAAAACACCGCAAGUCGGUCCUCCUCAUCUCCACCGACCCAGCGCACAACCUGUCAGAUGCCUUCAACCAGAAGUUUGGCAAGGACGCGCGACUCAUCAACGGCUUCGACAACCUGAGCGCCAUGGAGAUUGACCCCAACGGCAGUAUACAAGACCUACUAGCAGGUGGUGGAGAGAGCGGAGAGGAUGCCAUGGCAGGACUCGGUGGGAUGGGCAACAUGAUGCAGGAUUUGGCUUUCAGCAUCCCCGGUGUAGACGAGGCCAUGUCUUUCGCCGAAGUCCUCAAGCAGGUCAAGUCCAUGUCAUACGAAGUCAUCAUCUUCGACACCGCACCUACCGGUCACACACUCCGCUUCCUCCAAUUCCCCACAGUUAUGGAGAAGGCGCUCUCCAAGGUCUCACAACUCUCGCGCCAAUUUGGGCCUAUGCUGAACAGCUUCCUGGGCGGUGGCGGCAGACUGCCAAAUGGACAAAACAUUGAUGAGCUGGUUGAGAAGAUGGAGGCACUGCGCGGAACCAUUUCAGAGGUCAACGGGCAGUUCAAGGAUGCAGACCUCACGACAUUUGUCUGUGUCUGCAUUCCGGAAUUCUUGAGCUUGUACGAGACGGAGCGCAUGAUUCAGGAACUCAACAGCUACGAGAUCGACACGCACUCAAUUGUUGUCAAUCAGCUGCUCUUCCCCAAGCAGGACAACCCAUGCGAGCAGUGCAACGCACGAAGAAAGAUGCAGAAGAAGUACUUGGAACAGAUCGAGGAGCUGUACGACGAGUUCAACGUUGUCAAGAUGCCGCUGCUGGUCGAAGAGGUGCGAGGAAAGGAGAAACUAGAAAAGUAA